CAAUUGCAAAGCAAAAAGGGGAACGGGAAAUGGAAGAAGAGUGAAUGUUUGGUUAGGCGUUUGUGUGGAGACGCUUCAGUUAUUAUUAUUGUUUAAUAUUUUGUGAGUUCUGGAAUUCAAUUGAAAUAGUCUUCAUCAUGUCAUCCACCGAUUUUUACAUACGCUACUACGUUGGACAUAAGGGGAAGUUUGGUCACGAAUUUUUGGAAUUUGAAUUUCGUCCGGACGGCAAGUUGAGGUACGCUAAUAACUCCAACUACAAGAAUGACACAAUGAUCAGAAAAGAAGCCUACGUUCACAACUGUGUGAUGGAUGAAUUAAAAAGAAUUAUCCACGACUCCGAAAUAAUGCAGGAAGAUGACUCACUUUGGCCACAACCAGAUCGUGUUGGUAGACAAGAACUGGAAAUUUUGAUCGGCGAUGAGCACAUUUCGUUCACGACUUCCAAGACCGGCUCUUUGGCUGAAGUUAACAAUUCCAACGAUCCUGAAGGACUGAGGUGCUUUUACUACCUAGUACAAGAUUUGAAAUGUCUAGUGUUCUCUCUGAUUGGACUUCAUUUCAAGAUCAAGCCAAUCUAAUUCAAUUGUGUUUGCCGUAAGUUGCAUUUUUAUCACUUGAACUAGCCUACAGUAAAAUGUACGCGGAAGUAAGAAACUCUUAUUCCAAUUUUUAAAACAAUCUUUCAUAUUCUGGACAUUACAUUAAUUUUCAAUUUUUAUGUAAUUUGAUUUUGUCAAUAAACGUAUGAUUUGUAACUUAUAA